AUGAAUCCGGCAGAGAUUGAAUUUAUCGCUGAAAAAGAAUUAGUUUCCAUAGUUCCAAAUUUUGCUCUCGACAAACUUUAUUUGAUAAGCGGUGAUGUAGGUCCGUUGAACCCUGGUCUGCCAGUUGAAGUACCUCUCUGGGUAGCCGUCAUGUUAAAACAGAGACAGAAGUGUCGUAUCAUUCCACCGACAUGGAUGGAUGUUGAAAUUUUGCAGCAGAAGAAGCAAGAAGAGAUCGACUCAAAGUUUUUCACAGAAAUGCCCUCCAAACAUUAUAUGGAGGUCAGCCAGCUGAUGCUAAAAUAUGCCUCUGAGAAUCUUACAAGAGCGGAUGAGGUUCGAACGCUCGUGAAGGACAUCUGGGACAUUAGGUCUUCUAAGUUGAGAAGCAGCGUGGAUGCAUUCAUCAGAAGUGAUGCUACACACGCUAAGUUGAAUCAUCUAACUCUAAUGGAACUGAAUACAAUUCGACCUCUGUUGACAAAAUCGUUGGAGCUGAUGCAACAGUUAAGAAAUAGCACUGCCAAACAAAUUGACAGUGCCACCGUUGAGUCUCAGAGCAUAUAA